UGGAGACAGACAGGAACGACUUUCCGCAGCUAAACGGGAAAUGGCAGCGCUGCUCCGCCGGGAAACUCAUAAAAAAGGUUGAGAAUUGCAGCGAACAAGCAAUUUUUAUCAAGAAAGAGAGCGGGAGGAAGCGAUGAGUGUGUUUGGAGGAGACAGUUGGGGUCGGGAGGCUCAGUACAGGAAGCGAAGAGUGGAUGAUCUGAUAAUCGAAGGAAUUGAUGGGUGUGGUUAUAAGAAGCUCCCCAACGGCAAGUUGGUUUGCCUGCUCUGCCCCCACCAUCCCGUCCUUGACACCCCUUUAAUGCUUUCCCAGAUGCAUGUGAAGGGGUCACGCCAUCGAGCUGCAGAGUCCGAACAGAAGGAAAGAGAAUUAUCGAGACAAUAUCAGAUAAAUAAGAGGAUUGCAUUGGCAGAUUCCUCUAGUACUGCUGUUUCCAGCACUAGUUCUGAAGUAAGAUGUGGAUCCACAAAGACGCCUUUAAUUGAGCAGGUCCACAAAGCUGCUUCUGAGAUACUUGCUGGAGAAUCUCCUCAGUGCAGCACAAUGGAUAAAAGUCCAGAUGUCCGAUCAGAUAUCUGCUACUAUAAAAAAGAAAAUCAAUCUAUUGCAAAGAGCAAUGCCACCGAAGUCGUAGCAGCUCCUGAAGUGGCCUUCCAGCAGCAAUUGGAUUAUAAAAAUCGUCGUGAGAGGGAGCUUAAGCUGAUUUCAGCUGGGUGGAAGCGUGAUGCCCAUGGCCGGUGGUUCAAGGAUGAAAAUGAAUCUCUCUCUCUCUCUCUCUCUCUCUAUUAUUGAUUUUGUGAAGGAUCAAUCAGCUAUACUUCUGCACUAGUCAUCACCUUGACUGCAACAGGUGUUUGCUUGCAGGUUGAGUUUGAUUCUGAUGAGGAAGAUCCAAAUGUUUAUCUUGGACAGUGAGUGGGGGAAAAUCAUGAUUGAGCUUAUGAUUUCUGAUCCCCCUGUAGCACUGAUAAUGGCAUGAAAAUUCACUAACUGCCUUCUGCGCACGAAAAAAUUGCUGAGUGCUGCACAAUUGUGUUGCUCUGCAUGGCUUGUGUGGGAGAGGGGGACUAGGAGGCUCGGUUGAAGCUGGUUCAGCAAAAGUAUAAAAUUCAGCUAAACUGAAGAGUCCAGUUUUUAUGAUGUUCUGUAGCAAAAGCCUGGUUGGUGUAGUUCGGAAUUUAGAUGAACUUGAGACAUUAACUGAAGUUGGGAUCUUUUAUCUGACGAAGUAAAGGCAUCUUUUUGAGCUCUGCUGUCUAGAAAUUGCUUGAUGGAAACUAUAUACUGCGUAGCAUGCGUUUUGGCAAAAUUAUUACUAAUUCCGCUGUAAGGGGCAUCCUUCAUCCUUGCCUGACUGCUUUGGAGCUGGUUGGAUUGCGUCUUCUUGAAGUUGGAUGAAUUUCUUUACGAGGUGAAGCCCUUCUGUUGUCAUCAUAAGCCCAGAAGAGGGCUAUGGAUGAGCGUCCCUGUCCCUCCCCCUUUCUUGUAGCAAAGGACCAAGCAGAAUACUUUUUUUUAUACGUGGACUUGGUUUACAAGAAUCCAUCAUAGGCCCAAAACCAGGUGUGCAUCCCCAGUGGGCUUCGUGGAUAUUUGUAUCUUCAUUGGGCUCAAAUAAAUCACACAUUUUGACAUAACGGUGCUGUGCAUUAGGAGAGAUAAAGGGGAGGAGAUUAAUACAAGAGUUGGCCCAAGGCUUUUUUAA